AUGGUGCUGUUAGGGUUGUUGGACAAUGCGAUGGUAAAAUAUAUUGUUCUUAUGUUUAGUUUGGCGUUGAUCUCUGAGUUUGUGGGAGCUCAGAAUGACACGGAGCCUGUAGUCCUGGAGGGCAAAUGUCUUGUGGUUUGCGACUCUAAUCCGACUACGGAUUGGAAGGGCUCGUCCUCUCCUCUAGGCAUUUCGGUGCGCGCGGCAAACUCCAAGGUGGCUUUUUCUGCGGUCCGGAGCAACAAUCACGAACCGUCGGAGAUGAGUAAUAAAACAAGAAUCAUAUACUUCGACCAAGUUCUUGUGAAUAUAGGCAACUAUUUCACUUUGGAGUCUGUGUUUUUGUCACCCAGAAAAGGGAUCUACAGUUUUAAUUUUCAUGUUAUAAAAGUGUACCAGAGUCAGACUAUACAGGUGAACUUAAUGUUGAAUGGGAAACCUGUCAUCUCAGCUUUUGCGGGUGACAAAGACGUAACUCGAGAGGCAGCCACCAAUGGAGUUCUGCUCUUUUUGGAUAAAGAGGACAAGGUCUACCUUAAACUGGAGAAGGGAAAUCUAGUUGGCGGAUGGCAAUAUUCUACAUUCUCUGGUUUCCUUGUUUUCCCACUGUAAAAAAAGAUAGAAAGCCCCACCGUUCAAAUGACUUUAUCAACAAUGUACUGUCACUGUAUAAUCAAAACAUUUCUACGUCAGUUGGAUCUAGCCAAAGGAUGGAUAAUAUCAUGUUCCGUGUUCAUGGAUUACAACAGAGAGAAGAAAAGAGACAUUGAAAAGCUUUGAUGUUUUAUGGAA